GCGAGCCCCAAAGAGCUUCGCUUCGCUUUGCUUUGAGACGUGGAUACUGUCAUGCAUCCAACCAAGGGGAGAAAACAAGAGAAACCGACGAAACGAAAGAGCUUGGUGGAUUGAUGUUGGAUGAAUUCAUAGCAACGUUCACUCAAUACAAUUACAGAAACAACACGAUAACAGUGUACGCAAAUUCCCAAAUGCGGAUCCUUGCCAUCUUGUUUCUGGGUAUUACGGCUCAGGCUGUGAGCUGUGAAGUCGCGAAAUCAGGAGCGAGGACCUUGCAAGCAACUGGUCAAGGACAUCAACCCAGGUAGCUCCAACAGCUAUCCUUUUGGCUACCAGAAGGGAGAGACCAGGUGAUCUUUACAAGCGAUGAUAGCAAUGGUAGACAACCGUGGAUAUCCAAUGCAACAGAAGCUGGAACGAUGCGAAUGGGGUCUGCCAGAAUCAAUCCACGGCGAUGGCGCUACCAUGGUGGGGUUUGGUCUUCGUGGCAUUUCUCGGGAUUACCUCUACUUUCCGUGCGGGCAGCCCAUGCUUUGGAGAUGCAAUCUGCUACAACGACAUUGAACCUAUCCGAUUCUUUGGAGAGAGCGAAACGAUAAGAAGCCUGGCAGCCUGGAAAGACAGUCUCUAUUUCACAGUCGACUCAGCUUGUAGGUGCGGAGGCGCAUUCAACAAGGCGUGUCAUGGAUUUCCCAGGGGUUGACUACUACGUGAAAGCGAAAAAUUUCUCUGGAUAUCCCCUGUUUGUCUCAGUCCGAGAUGGCGAUACUUCUCAAUUGUGGGCACUGUAUAAGGAUUUGUCUACUAUGGUCGAAACGAGCAAUGAUCCGGGCAAUGCAAACUUCAAUCGAGUCCGGCUCUCCGGUAUCACCACAAUGGAACGCACCGCAGUGGUAUUGGGUGACUCGGUGAUUUUUGUGUCGGGCCAGUUGUUUGUGUCGGGCCAGGGCAAUGAAUUGUCGACGACUGAUGGAACACCCAAGAGAACCUAUUCUUUCUUCGAUCCCAGCAAUUAUUAUGACACGACCUAUCCUGGCCGGGUCCGGUCAUGCCGCACGAGCCUGUUGGGAAGAGGGCCCCUCAGAACUGGGCAGAUGGUGUUUAAGGUCAGGGACUUCUGGUCCUCAAAUUUUCUGUUUGUCACGGAUGAAGAGUUGCGUGACAUAGGAAUUGUCGGAGUCUUGCCGCAGUCUACCACGUUGACUUUGGGGUAA